ACCUCAUCUCACCCCCACCCACGAGCCAGAGAAGGAAGAGGCCAUUUCCACAGGCUCCAUUAGGCCAACUGCUUCCUCUUCUCUCCUCAGAGUUGUCCCUGAACUUGGGAUAUGAGAGGGCUCACCAUGGAUCUGCCUUAUUACCACGGCCCUCUGUCCAAGCGCGACUGUGAGACCUUGCUGCUCAAGGAAGGGGUGGACGGCAACUUUCUGUUAAGAGACAGUGAGUCUAUGCCCGGAGUCCUGUGCCUCUGUGUCUCGUUUAAAAAUGUGGUCUACACAUACCGAAUCUUCAAAGAGAAACAUGGGUAUUACAAUAUACAGACCGUGGAAGGCACUCAAAGACAGAUCUUUCCAAACCUAGAGGAAUUGAUCUACAAGUUUGAAAAAGCAAAUCAAGGGCUGGUGGUUCAACUUUUAAGGCCAAUAAAGAGAACCUGUCCCUGCCUGAGAUGGAGAAGAUCGAAGAUAGAGCUGGAUGGCAUUUAUGAGAACAGUAACAGCGAUUAUGUGGAUGUCUUACCUUGA